UGGGUGAGAAAUAAAUCUCGCCAUCUUGAUUUUUGUUAGAGCUCUCGCGCAACUCAGCUCCGCAGCAGUUCGUUGGUCGUCAUUCCGGAGAAGUCAAUUAAAAUUAGGCUGCCGAUGCGUUGGGACGGGUGCCAUUUUUGCGCGAUUUGAACUAUUGCAAAAAUGGGUGCAAUAAGGUGAUGCGUCAAGCGAUCGAUCGGUGAAUACGAGUGCAGUUUGUGGUGGGUGAGGUGAUUAGCAAUGAUUUGGUGAAGAUCGGAAAGUGAUCAGUGGCGUUCGGGCAGUGAAGAAGGGGGUGUGUGUGUGUGAGGGUGGUUGGUUAUUAAAUGGUGGAUUUGGGGUUUUUAAUUGCCCACCAGAGAGUGUUAAUCGCGCCCGAUCAUAAGUGCUCUCGUUUGGGGCGCUCCGAUUUAAGGUGGUUUGCGUGUGUGUGGGCGCGAUCGUUUCCUCCAUCUGUUGAGGCCAGGACUGGGCAGCAGGAGGAUCAAGAGGAGGUUGAAUGAACUCGAUGAUCUGCAUGAGCAGCAGCAGCAGCAGCGAAGAAAUUCUAAUAUUGAACAUCCUGUGUUGAAAAUAAGCUCCAAUCUUGGAGGCGGCGCGAGUCUUGCGCGUGGCCAAGCCAGUUGUGGAGGUGAUGUCCAAAGUGGAUAAGCUGAGCUGAACCGUGGCAGCAAUUUGGAGUUGAAGUGGAGAGCCGUGCGCCAUAAAUCGAUAUCGGCGAUCAAUCAGUCAAUCAGGGGGUGCCCUAGAAAGUAGGUUAGCGGAAUGACGAACUCUGGCCACGCAGUGGUCGUCUGGGAGUUUGAGUCGCGCGGGUCCAAAUGGCUACCGUACAGCCCUGCAGUGUCCCAGCAUCUGGAGCGUGCCCACGGCAAGAAGUUGACCCGAGUCCUGCUCAGCGAUGCCGACCCAGCCCUGGAGCAGUACUACGUCAACGUACGCACCAUGACCCAGUGCUGCGAGGAUCAGGAGUUUGCCGUAACGAACGUCCGCCGAGGGUUCUACAAGCCCAGCUCGCCCGCCGGCAAGGGCACCAAGUGGGAGUGGUGCGGAUCCUCCGGCAACGACUGGCACAGCUACACCAUGGAGGUCCAGUGCGUCAUCGAAGAGGCCUGGGCACGGGGUGAUCAAACCAUCGACCUCACCAAGACCCACCUCUGUCUACCGUACACGAUCAACUUCCUGAACCUCACCCAAAUACGCCAUCAAAACGGACCUCUCCGGAGCAUACGACGGAUACAGCAAGCCCCGUACCCGCUCGUCAAACUCCCCACCAACCAACAGUCAACCCAACAAAACCCACAAAACUCCGCACCCCUCCUCCCCCCAAAACCCAACCAACUCCAACAACCCCCACCCUCCUCGUCCUCUUCAAGCAGCUCCAGCUCGCAACCCUCCUCCUCCACCCCGCUCCACUCCAAGUCCAAGUCCCAACCCGUACUCUGCAACCCCAACUCCUCGCACCCAACCUCCAAACGACCCACCAAAACCCUCAAAGUCGGCAAGCAACUCGACAUGGUCCCCGUGACCCCGACCAACCUGGCCCGCCAAAUCCUGCACAACCUGAACAUCUUCGGCACCAGCAAGCACCACCAGCACCAGGAACUCCAGGAAUACCCCCCGAUGAGUCCAACCAACGCCCCCUCCUCGCUCCAGCACAACCCCCAGAACUUCCACCAGCAGUCGAUCCGACACCAGCGGCACCAAAGUGCCAACCAGAGCAGAACCAUGCCGUCGUUCCAGCGCCAGCGGAGCAAGUCCCGCAGUCGGGGCGAGUCGCUCAUCGAGACGGACGCGUCCAGUAUCAACUCGGGCCGGCGGCCCAGUGUGGACACCGUGUCCACGUACCUGAGUCACGAGAGCAAGGAUAGCAACAGCAGGAAGAGCACCACGCUGGGGUCGGUGUCGGAUCUGCUGGACUGUUCGAUGGGAAGUGACGAUGUGUUUACGACGGCGGGGGCGGGCUCGUCGGUGUCGUCGCAGCAGAACAUUCCCGGCGCGAUUGUGGGUGUCGACCCCGCCAGCGACAUGAUCUCGCGCUUCGUCCGCGUCGUCGAACCUCCCCAAUGGCCACACGCCCAGCCCUGUCCGAUGUGCAUGGAGGAGCUGCGCCACAACGGCCACAACCCGACGGUAUCCCUAUCCCGGUGCCAACAUCUGAUGCACCUAAACUGCCUGAACGAGCUCAUCCUGGGCCAACAGAAGGAGAAUCAGAAGAGCCUUUACAUCGAGUGUCCGAUCUGCAUGUCCGUGUACGGGGAGAAAAUCGGCGAUCAACCCCCCGGAACCAUGUCCUGGAUCGUCAUUCCAAGAAGUCUUCCCGGCCACGAAGGCCAGAACACAAUCCAAAUAACGUACAACAUCGCUUCCGGCAUCCAAAACCAGGAACAUCCCCACCCGGGCCGGGCCUUCUUCGCGGUGGGCUUCCCCCGCACCUGCUUCCUGCCGGACGGCAUCCUGGGGCGGAAGAUCUUGCGCUACCUGAAGAUCGCGUUCGACCGGCGGCUGCUGUUUUCGAUCGGCCGGUCGGCCACCACCGGCCGGGAGGACGUGGUCCUGUGGAACAGCGUCGAGCACAAGACGCAGUACUCGAUGUUUCCCGACCCGCAGUACAUGCAGCGGUGCAUGCAGCAGCUGGUCCAUCUGGGCGUGACCGAUUAGUUGGGGGGAGUUGGGUGAACUUUUUUUUUGGAAAGGAAACAAAUAAUCGUACUGAAGUUACAAGACUGGAAGAGGGCAGCUAUUUUUACAACGAAAAAAAAAACAAUCUUCAAGAAUGAAGUCUUCCAAACCCGGCUGAGUCUUCCCUGAGAGUGGCAGUAUUUUGCUAGUAUUCCAGGAGGUAAAAUUGACCUUCAACGGAUUUACGAUCUCCAAGUGUUCAGUUUACUUCCUUUAAAACAUCCUCAAAAUCGAAACAAACAUGUGCCAAUAUAUUGUCGAAUAUACUGUCAUUUAAGAGCGAGUGUGAGAGAACGUGUUAAGUAUUACAAAAAUUAUCAUUUUAACCUGAUAUCAGAAAAAACAGAGUUUAUAAAAGGCAUUUGUUAUUGAUCAUGAACCUCUCUAAGAGGUUAUGAACGUGUUUUUAUUUGCAAAAUUAGGCAUAAGUUUAGUUUUAAUCAUUCAUAGAGCAAUUGAUUGCGAUCUUCCAACACACAAAUCUUCCAAUUACAGAAACUUUAUGUGUAAUCUUAGUAAAGUUUUGCGCGAGUGUAGCUAAAUUGUGUAGAAAAAAAAGAAUUUAUCUCCGGCAGAUAUAGGUAUGUUCCUUCAGAGCGAUUAGUUUAAGUAAGAAAAAUGUGUAGUUUUUAGAAAGUAUUGAUUUUAGUUUUUUUAAUUGUGCAUUUCUAAUAGGAAUGAAAUAGAUUUUAGAUAAAUAAAUGAACUGUCAUAGAA